UUUAUUUUUUAUUAUUUAGUUUAAUAUUAUUAACAGAAUAUUUACAUAUUUUUUUAUCCUUAUGUUAUUUAUGUUUUCUGUGUUAUUUACUGCAUUACUCUUAAAAGUUUAUUGCUUGACAGAUUGCUUUGAAUAUUUAUUAAAGUAAUAAUUUUAUCCAUUUGGAUUUUAAGCAUGCAACUCUUAAAUCACAUACAUAUCUUCAUAUUGUAUCAUCAAUGAUAUGUGUAGAUAUAUUACCAAUUUGAUAUAGAAUGAAAAAGCAACUGGCUCGUGCAACCUGUGUACAUUUUUUACACUUGUCUAUUUGUUGUCGUAUCACCUCUUUGAUUUCAACGAAAUACAUUGAUCAAGUAAUCCAUUAUGUAUCAUUAACUCUAGCUUCUGAUAUGCAAUAUUGCAACCAGUCUCAUCUUAACUGUGAUGGUACAAAGAUAUGAUACGAGCAACAAGUCCAUACGUAACUAAACUACACUCUUUCUGAACAGCUAUUUGCAUUUUUCAGAAAUAUGGAAUGGUGCGUUUGCCAUUUUGUAAUAGAUAACUCUGUAGAAGUUAUCCCAAAGAAGUGGAUAAUUAAUGAAAGCCAAUGUGUGUGGCCAUUGACAACAAAAUCAUCUAAAUUAUCCGAGCUUAUUAAAAAAAGAGAGAUUCCACAAGAUAAUUGGAAAACAAUUAGUGUCAAAAUUUUAGGACAAUGUGACGACUAUAAAACAGCUCAAAGAAAAUGCAAAAGAGCAUUGGAUAGAGAUAAUCUCUCAUCACUAUCUGAAUGUACUGAACAUGGAAAAGGACUUCGUGUACCGAAACGUAAAAGAAAAAACAGUGAUACAGGCACAGAUACGGAAAGCAAGUCUAGCAAAGAGGAAUUGUCAUCCAUUAAUUUUCCGACAUACAGGGCAGAUAUACAGAUAAGACUGUAUUUUUAUCAAAUUUGGCACAUAAAGGUACGGUUAAGUGAAAAAAAUAAUGAACAAUUGUAACGUUAUUUUUCUAAG